UGUCUCUUUAAGAGCAUGCACCUCUUGAACACAAGACCGAUGUACUCCAGUCUGGUACUCAACGCGGGACCCGCCAUUUGUUGACGAAAUUAGUACAGUCGAAACUAAAGAAUACACAAAACAGUCAUCAUAUAGGCUUAGAUCAUAGCAUAAUGUACACAAAGCGUUCGAAUAACACGAUGAUUCAUCCUGUUCGGUUCGAAGCAUGACUCGUAAGAGAAGUGUCGUUUGGAAUCAUUUUGAAGAGGUCGAUACGGAAUCUGUGGUCUGCCUGGUGUGUAAAAAUGUAUUGCGUAAACACGAACAUGGCAGUACGACACCGGUGCUGAGACGUAUGCGUGCAAAACUGCCAUGGAACUUGGUAGGACCGAGGGUCAGGAAGCUUCGACUGGACAGAAGCCCAUGGAAACUGACGCUGCACAAGUGGAGGUGGAGCUGGAGGAGGCCGAUUCUAACACCGUCAUCACUGUGAACGACACUGACAUUGAUUCUGCACUAAACGGCAUCCUUGUAGCUGUACAUGGAGCACCCAUGGAAGAAAGAAAAGAAGACAUGGUCAAAAAUACACUCCCUGCAAAGACGAAAUCACAACGUCGGAGUAUGAUUUGGAGACACUUUGAACGCUUGGAAAGUUUAGAUGGUUGUCGAUGCUACAUUUGCAAUAGGAAGAUAAAGUGCUCUUCUGAGGGCAGCACCAGCAACCUGCACAGACACAUGUCAAAAAUGCACCCGCAUGUGAAUUUGCGAACCGGCGAGGUGCUGAAGCAGUCACCGUCUGACACAUCCUCACACACAAAGAAAAAGAAUCAUAGAAAGACUUGUCCAGCAAAGGUCACAAAGGACAUAGCAGUACCAGAUGUGCUCCAGAUUUCACAGGCAACUGCAGGAGAGAAGCGUGUUUUUAGGAGGGAACUAGAGUUGAUAGAAGCUUUGAGGAGGGCACAGAAGGAAGAGGCGCAGGCGCUGGAGCAUCAGAGGGAGCUUGUUGAGAAGCUGCGGGCUGUCAACGCCAGAGAAGUUGCUGUCGAGAGAGAGCAAAUUGAGUUUCUCAGGAGAGCACAGCAGGAGGAAGCCAAAAAAAUAAGCAGACAGAGGGAAGAACUCAAGACAGAAAAGGUAGCGCUGCGGAGGAAAUGGGAUGAGCUCCAGCAGAAGGAGCAACUGCUCUUGCAUUCCAGGGAACAUCCAGUCUCUGUCUCUCACAAAUUGUGAGAUUUUUUAAAAAAUUGACUACUUUUUGCACCUUUGCGAAUACCUGUUUUUUUUUUUUUUCAUUUUAAUAAAAUCUACUAUGCA